AUGCCGCCCAAGCCAGUGCAGCUGCCAGCGAAGGAAAAAGGAUUGUUUGCACGGCUCAUCCAGGAGUAUGAGUCGCGCAAGUACAAGCCUGCGCUCAAGAGCGCAGAUGCGAUCCUGAAGCGCGUGCCGUACCAUGCAGAGACGCUCGCAAUCAAGGGAUUGGUGCUGGCGUCGAUGCACCGCCGCGCAGAAGGCCUCAAACUUGCCAAGGAAAGCUUGCGGCUCAAUUUGAUGAGCUUCAUUUGCUGGCACACGCUCGGUAUCAUUCACCGCAUGGAGCGCAACUACGAAGAGUCGCUCAAGUGCUACACCCAGGCGCUGCGCAUCGAAGGCGGAAACAUUAACCUCGUGCGCGAAUCAGCGUACAUGUACAUGCAGCUGCGCCAGUAUGCACCGCUGAUUGAGGCGCGUCUCUCGCUGCUGCGUGUACAGCCGUAUUUGCGCGUGAAUUGGAUCGGGCUCGCUGUCGCACACGACGUCGCAGGCAGUAAAAAGCAGGCCGCGCGCGUGUUGGCUGCGUACGAAAGCGCCGUGCGCGAUCUUUUGCCGCACGACUACGAGUUCAGCGAGGUGGUCCUGUACCAUGUAUCCAUCCUGCUCCAGCUGGAUGAGUCUGCCGAGGCGCUCGCGCUCCUGGACGCUAAAAAAGACGUGCUGUACGAUCGCCCCGCGCAGGACGCAAUGCGUGCUGCGGCGCUGGAAAAGAUGGGCAGGAUUGCCGACGCUGACGCGGUGCUUUAUGCACUUGUCGAGUGGAACCCAGAGAACAAAAACACCGUGCGCAGCCUUCUUGCGCUGCGCACCGCACACGCCGAGGACAGCGCCGCGGCGUCGCUUGCGCACCUUGCCACGCUGCAGGCCGCAUUCCCUCGUUCCAGUGCAAUGCAGCGCCUUGCACUGGAUUUUGCCCAGGGCGAUGCGUUUACCCAGUGCGCCCGUGCGUACAUCGAGUCCGCGCUGGUAAAAAACAUCCCUUCGCUGUUUAGCGACGUGAAGCCGCUGUACAAAGACGCUGCAAAACAGCACGCCAUCGAGCGCAUUGUCGCGUCAUUCUUGGCCGCAAACGAGCCCGCAAGCGGAGCGCUUCCCUCCAACUUUUUGUGGGCCAUGUCUUUUAUGGCCUACCACUACUCGUACACCGGCGCGCACGCAAAAGCACUGCAGUACAUCGACAGCAUUCUUGUGCACACGCCGACGAUGCCAGAGCUGCAUAUGACACGCGCGCGGAUUUUGAAACGCGCGGGUGCGCUUCACGCGGCGGCGGAUGCCAUGGAAGACGCGCGCCUGCUCGAUGGCCAGGACCGGUACUUGAACACAAAGGCGGCCAAGUACCUCUUGCGUGUGAACAGAAUUGCAGAGGCCACCAAGAUCAUGCAGUGCUUCACUCGCCAAGAUGCGUCGGAUCCCAUUGCGGACCUGGUAGACAUGCAAGCGACGGGCUACCUCGUCGAAGACGCCGACGCACACCGCCGCUCGGGCAACGAUGCGCUCGCCCUCAAGCGCUAUGUACAGGUGGACAGGAUUCUGCAGGAUAUCUACGACGACCAGCUCGACUUUCACAGCUACUGUAUGCGCAAAAUGACGCUGCGUUCGUAUGCAGACACGGUCCGCUUUGAAGACUCGCUCUUUUCGCAGCCCAUCUACAGCCGCGCGGCGACCGGUGCGAUCGGCAUGUACGUCAAGCUGCACGAUAGAAACGUCGCCGGUGCGCCUGUGCCCGUGCAGGAAGCGCAGGAGGCGCAGAAAGCGCAAGAGGCGCAGGAAGCAGAGGACAUCGACGAGGACCACCCGCCCAAAGACACGGACCCCAACGGCAUCCUGCUCGCAGCCACGCACACGCCCCUCCUCGAUGCCCACGCCUACAUUACCAAGCUGCAGAGCGCCGCGCCGCACGCGAUCACCACCUGGCUCAGCACCCUGGACGUGGCGCUCCGCGAGCAGAAAUGGAUGCUUGCGCUGCGUGCAUUCGCAAUGGCGCACGCGCUGGACAGUGCGGAUCCGCAGCUGCACGUCCGCCUCCUCCAGUUCCGGCAAGUAGCGCUGCCCGAAAAUGUGCAGCGCGCCGUCGACAGGCUUGCGCGUCACAUUCCCGCGCUCGCGCAGCCGCUCGACACCGUCCAAACCGAGUAUUUGCAGCGCGACGCAACCACGGCGUCGCGUCUGCUGGGCGCCGCACAGGGCAUCUACACACUAAAGGGCACCGACGGCAUCCCCGAAGCCGCACACCUCGUCCUGGGCAUGACGCGGCCUGCGAUGCACGCCUCCUUCGCCGAGCUCGGCGAAGCGCAAGCGUUUUUGCACCAGAUGCAAUCGCGCGGCGCCUUGCCGUGCGAUGCCGACAUUUCCACGUUCCAGGCCUCUGCAUGCGCCUUGUGGCCCAUGGCCGAUGCAUUCCAGCCCGCCGCCGCUCUGCAGCGCGCCGCCGAGGACCGCGCGCUGCAGCGCCGUGCCUGGUACACGCCCACGUAG